UAUUGCAAGUGGCCAGAGGCUUCCCCCUCAGUAGAAAUCAGGUGAAAACAUUUUUUGCGCACGCAUGUGCAGUGGAAAAGUUAGCAGCAGGGUCUGCAGCCAAUCCGACCGGUCUCGCAACCCCACACCAGUUUUGCUAGGUCUGCGAAGGGCAAUAGAUAUGAGUGAACGUCGAAAAAUCUCCCAGUGAUCAAUCCAUUGAUCAUUUGAGAAACGGUGCGCCAUUUUCGAGAACGGUGCCUUUCUCCCCGCGUUUUUCUAUGAGAUAAACGAGCGUUCGAAGCUGUUUGGGAACGUCGAACGUCCUUCGUUGCUCUGCAGGAGCUGGAAGAAGAGCCUCCUCGACUCUCAAUACGAAUCUCCACUCCUAAAUAAUCCUCGAAAUGCUGGCUCUGCGUUCCACAGCCGGUGCUGUUGCCAGAAGGGCACGUAAAGCUGCCAGCCGCCUCCCUUCAACCUCUGCUCGAACUCUACCAAAGGUUGCCACGGCGGUAGCUCUCUCAGCAAGACGAGAUUAUGCAUCCGCUGCAUUGGAUAACUUCUCAACUCGGUCAACUGUUGUACAACUGCUCAGCAAUAUCGGUUCGAAGAGGGAAGUUCAACAGUACUUGUCACACUUCAGCUCGGUCUCCUCGCAGCAAUUCGCUGUCAUCAAAGUUGGAGGAGCUAUUAUAACUGAACAUCUCGAAUCCCUUACCUCUGCACUCGCAUUUCUGAACCAUGUCGGCCUCUUCCCAGUCGUUGUUCACGGUGCUGGACCACAACUAAACAAGCUCUUGGAGGACGCAGGUGUUGAGCCUCAGUUCGAAGAAGGAAUCCGGGUCACAGAUGGCAAGACGUUGGCAGUGGCAAGAAAGCUGUUCCUAGAGGAGAACCUCAAGCUGGUUGAGAAGUUGGAAGAAAUGGGAGUUCGGGCACGACCUAUCACAUCCGGCGUUUUCGGAGCGGACUACCUAGACAAGGAGAAAUACAACUUGGUUGGAAAGAUCAACAAGGUGGAUAAGGGCCCAAUCGAAGCAGCUAUCAACGCAGGAUGUCUGCCGAUCUUGACAUCUAUGGCAGAGACACCAGAGGGCCAGGUGCUGAACGUCAACGCAGACGUUGCAGCAGGAGAACUUGCUCGAGAGCUUCAGCCGUUGAAGAUUGUCUACCUUUCGGAGAAGGGAGGACUUUUUAACGCUGACACAAACGAGAAGAUCUCGGCCAUUAACUUGGACGAGGAAUAUGAUUAUCUGAUGUCCCAAUGGUGGUGCAGAUAUGGCACAAGAUUAAAGAUCAAGGAGACCAAGCAAUUGCUCGACGGUCUUCCAAGAACAUCCAGCGUGGCAAUUAUUCACCCUGCUGAUCUCCAGAAGGAGCUGUUCACGGAUACUGGAGCUGGAACUCUCAUUCGACGAGGAAACAAGCUGAACACCUCUACUAGCGUCUCUCAAUUCGAGGAUCUUGAGAAGCUCAAGGAAGUUCUUGUCAGAGAUCGCGAAGGUCUCGAUGCUAGGGCAACCGUCGAUCGAUACGUGGAUGGUCUGAAGAAUCGGGAGUUCAAGGCUUAUUUCGAUGAGCCUAUGGAUGCCCUGGCGAUUGUCUUGACUCCAAGCGCGGAAACAUCUUUGGCAAACCUGGCAACCUUCACAAUUACCAAGUCCGGAUGGCUGACCAAUGUUGCUGACAAUGUCUUUGCUGCCAUCAAGAAGGAUCACCCCAAGCUCGUCUGGACUGUCAAGGAAGAUGAUGAGAAUUUGACUUGGUUCUUCGACAAGGCUGAAGGAAGUCUGUCCAAGGACGGUGAGGUCAUGUUCUGGUACGGCAUUGAAAAUGGAGAUGAGGUUAAGGAGCUCAUGACCGAGUUCACAAAGUACGGCCGUGCUAUGCUCGGCGAUGCAAACCUGGAAGCACGUCUUCACCGAGCCGCCAGAGCUGCUUCGGGCAUGAGUGCUUCAAUGCAUCAGCCAUCUCCACAAAUGCAACAAGCACGAGCCUUCUCAACUAGUGCACGCCGACCUGUUUCAAAGACACCCCGUACCACUCCUCGUUCACUCGCAUUCCCAUUUCCAUCACGUGGAUAUGCUACCACCACUAAUCCCAACCCACCUUUUGGCAACAAAAACUCUUCCAAUACGCAGCCAGCUAAAGUUGCGUUGAUUGGAGCCCGAGGGUACACCGGACAGGCUCUCAUCAACCUUCUUAAUUCUCACCCCAACAUGGACCUUUGUCACGUUUCCUCCCGUGAGCUUGCUGGCCAAAAGCUAAAGGGUUACGAAAAGCGAGAUAUUACUUACGAGAACUUGACUCCCGAGGAUGUUCGUCGUAUGGAAGAGAAGGGUGAAAUCGACUGCUGGGUGAUGGCACUUCCCAACGGCGUCUGCAAGCCCUUUGUUGAUGCCGUCGACCAAGGAAAAGGACCACAAAAUAGUGUGAUCGUUGAUCUUUCUGCUGAUUAUCGAUUCGAUAACAAGUGGACCUACGGCCUUCCCGAACUCGUCAACAGAUCCGACAUUGCAAAGGCCACCCGCAUUUCCAAUCCCGGAUGUUAUGCCACAGCCGCACAGCUCGGCAUAGCUCCUUUAGUACCCUUCCUCGGUGGCCAACCUACCAUCUUUGGUGUUUCUGGCUACUCUGGAGCAGGUACCAAGCCCAGCCCCAAGAACGACGUCGAAAAUCUCGCAAAUAACAUCAUUCCCUACAGCUUAACAGACCACAUCCAUGAGCGUGAGAUCAGCAGCCAGCUAGGUGUCGAAGUUGCCUUCGUUCCCCACGUAGCAAUGUGGUUCCAGGGUAUUCACCACACGAUCAGCAUGCCAUUGAAAGACAAGAUGACAAGCCGAGAUAUUCGCCAACUUUAUCAAGAGCGAUAUGCCGGCGAGAGAUUGGUGAAGGUUAUUGGAGAGUCACCUAGCGUCAAGGCUAUUAGCGGGAAGCAUGGAGUUGAGAUUGGUGGCUUUGGUGUACAUAGCUCUGGGAAGAGAGUCGUCGUUUGUGCGACGAUUGAUAAUUUGUUGAAGGGGGCUGCCACGCAGUGUUUGCAAAACAUGAACCUUGCAUUAGGCUUCGCUGAAUACGAGGGCAUCCCGCUCGAUUAGAGGAAUAACAUCACAUGGGGGACAUGGUUUGAAAAGUCUUUUUCGCGCUGGCGUCUUUUGUGAGUUCUGUAAAUACUCGCUUGAACGAGGUAGAAAUGAACAUAUUGAAUCACUCAUGUCCUUAGUGGUGGGAGGCCUCUGCAGUGCAGUCCUGACUUGCAACAAAAUUCAACAUAGAGAUUCACUCUUCACUUCGGGGUUGAACCCAUUGUACCUAAACUUUUGGAAUAUUGGAGUUUGGCCGAUGAGGUGAGCAUCUGCAAGUGCAGAUUGCUCUUCAACGCAGCACAGUGUCAACUUUCCCUAAAGAAGUCCUGGUACGCUUCUGCAUCUUCUAAGAACUUCCUUUCCGCUACAAAUACCUGCAAUUGGAAGACCUGUGACCUGGGCGAUCAUUCCAACACGAUCCUGAGAGUAACUCAGGAGUACAGAUUUCGCUUACUGCACAAAACCAAGUAAUAAAUAGCAUUGCCAUCCCG